UGGAAAAUUUUAGGAUCCCUACUAAAUGGAAAAAAAUGGAGUCACACUGAAGGAGGUAUUUAAGCUUUGUUAGAGGUGGCAGACUUGGGAACAAGAUCCCAGAGUUCUGGUUAACCCUCUGAUGGUGAUGGUUCUUGUCUGGUCCAUUCCGUGUGGUCUUUGCAGCUUAUAUCUGGGUCACUGUAACAUAGGGUUUUCAGAUUUGGGCUUGCCUUGGAGCUUCCUUUGAGCAUGGGUUUGUCACUCUGACGGUAGCGAUCAGCUGAAAGCUGAUGUGGCGGGUCUGUCGGUACUCUUUCAUAGCCAUAGAAAUCAGGGUAUUGAUAGAAAAAGCAGCGCGGUGAAACGCAGAAAGCCGAAGUACGGCCGUGGCACUCCGGGACCGGCCUGAAGCUCCGCUGGGUGCCGCGGGGCAGGAGAGGGAUGCCCUGGAGCUGAAGGCGAGAGGAGGCGGGAGGGGGCGACGGGAUGGAGCGCGAUGGCUCCCGCGCCCCGGGCUGUGCCUGACACCCCCGCUCCGAGGGGACGCGGCGGGCGGGGGCGGCGGUGCGGGACACGUCAUGCGGAGCGGAGAGCCCGGCCGGCCACGAGUGGGCUCCGCUGCGGCCCGAGUGCGCUGCCGUCUGAGCAUGCUCCCGCGGGGCUCCGCCGGCUAUAUAACGGGGCCGGGGGGCCGGCGGCAGCGGCUCUGCUGAGGCAGCGGGGGAGCUCCACUCGGCGCUGCGCUCCGGUCCUCACCGUACUGCGCCUCUCUGCACCGCUCCGCUCCGCACGGUACCGCAGCGCUCCGCUCGGUACCGCACUCUGCUCCGCUCAGCACAGCGCUCCGCUCCGCUCGGUACCGCGCUCAGCACAACGCUCCGCUUCGCUCAGCACUGCGCUCGCACCGAGGUCUCUCCGGACAGCCGCGGUCCGCACUGCUCCGCACGGUACCGCACGGCCCCGCGGGGCCCGUCCCUGCCCCGCCGCCGCCCGCCGGAGCCUCGGCGCCCGGCACGGCCGAGGCAGCGCGCCCCGCUCCGCCGGCCCCGGCCCCCGCGGCGGGCGCUCCCGCGGGCGGCAGGAUGGCCGCGAAGCCGGCCGAGCUGAUGGGCAUCUGCUCCAGCUAUCAGGCGGUGAUGCCGCACUUCGUCUGCGUGUCCGAGGAGUUCCCGCCGCCCGCCCGCCCCGCCAAGACCCCCAAGGGCAAGCUGCGGCGGCCGCGGCAGUCGCGCUUCAAGACGCAGCCGGUGACUUUCGACGAGAUCCAGGAGGUGGAGGAGGAGGGGGUGUCCCCCAUGGAGGAAGAGAAGGCCAAGAAGUCCUUCCUGCAGUCGCUGGAGUGCCUGCGGCGGAGCACCCAGAACCUCUGCCUGCAGCGGGACCGCCUGGGCAGCUGCCGCCUCCGCAACAGCCUCGACUCCAGCGACUCGGACUCGGCCCUGUGAGCGCGGCGGGGCCCGGCGGGACCCGGCUCGGCAGCGGCGGCACGGACUGAGCUCGGAGCUGCGGGGAGCCGCGCCGCCGCCCGCGCAGGAGCGCCCGGACGGGCGGCCGGCUCGGGAUGUUUUCUAAGAAAGCGCUUGUACCUUCGUUUCUAUUCGAUUGUAUGAAACUCACAAUUUAAAAGAC